AUGCUCAUAAAGAUCCAGAGUGCCAACCUCAAAUUGAGUCCGAAGAAAUGUUCACUAUUCAAACGGCAAGUUAGCUUUUUGGGGUAUGUAGUGUCGGACGAAGGUAUCCGCACGGAUCCAGAGAAAAUUUCCGCUGUCAAGGAUUGGCCAGUUCCAAAAGACAAGACGCAAGUUAGAGCAUUUUUGGGGUUGUGCUCCUAUUAUCGGCGAUUUGUGAAGAACUUUGGAGAUAGAGAUGAUGGAGCCAAACCUCUGCACAAGCUAACCAAGGAGAAGCGACAUUUCUGCUGGGAUGAAAGUUGCAAUAUCGCAUUCCAGGAGCUCAAGGACCGUCUGUGCAAAACACCUAUUUUGGGGUACCCUGAUGCGGAAAAGGACUUUAUAGUUGACACAGACGCAAGUGAUAUAGGACUUGGCGUUGUAUUGCUUCAAUGGAAUAGUGAUCAAGAGAUUGUGAUAGCGUACUUCAGCAAGUCAUUAUCAAAGCCGGAAAGGAACUGUUGUGUCACAAGACGGGAAUUGCUUGCUGUGGUAAAGUAG